GCCACUAAAGUGAAUAACUUUUUUUCUCACGACAAAUUCACUCUGAGCGAUUUCUUCUUUUGUAAUUUAAUAACGUUGGCCUUCGCGACCCUACCUCUGUAUCUCUUCAACGUCGAUCAUUGAUUAUCGAUCCUUGGAAUUGAAAGAUCGGGUAUGAGGAUCAAGCGAGUGAUAAAUCCUACAUUACAUCCCCGCAAUGACUUCGAUUGAUCCAUCGAGAAGGGCAUCAGCAUCAUUGUCACGCUCUAACGCUUCUAGUGUGACUCUACACCGUAAGUCAACGAAUGGGGGAAAUUUUUUUCCUAACCUUCGCUAUCACAACACACAACGCAUUGUAUGUCCAUUCUCUCAAGAUUCUUCUAUUGAUGGGGUAUAUAAGAGAUCCUAGGGAUAGGACAGAAUCAGAUACUUCUGUGUUUACAACAGCAACUAUAACAAAAUGUUCAAGCUGGUGGUUUUCUUAGCCCUGGUGGCCUACGCUUCUGCAGGAUCAGGACUUGUAGCUCCAUACGGUUACGGUCACGGAUACUCUUAUCACAACUAUCCCAGUGUAUACCAUGCUCCAACAGUGAGCUACUCACCAACUGUGUAUCAUACUCCUCUUGCUACCAGCUACGCAAACACUCAUAAGAUCGCCUACUCUGCCCCUGUAGUGACUAAAGUACUUGCGGCACCAACAGUCACUAAAAUUCAUUACGCUACUCCAGUUGCCGCUUACGUUGCACCUCAUUACUCUGGAUUGAGCUACGGUCAUGGAUACGGUUCCUAUGGUUUAGGACACGGAUAUGGAAGUGGAUACGCUAAUUACGGCCAUGGUUAUGGUUUGGGACACGGAUACGGUGUGGGACAUGGUUAUGGAUACGGACACGGAUACUGGCACUAAAUUCCAGAAAUUGAACUAAAUUAAAUGAAAGAUGUAAACUUAAGUACCCAAGGACGGAUGUAAAUAAUCGUUGUUUUUAUAUGAAUUAUAUUUUUUGGAUAAUAAAUAUUUUUGCAAUUCUCUAA